GGGGAUUCGGCCAAGGAAGCUCGUAACAUGGCGGAUAGCGAGGAAGGCUUCGGGCUGCCCAGCACGCCGGCCGAUCCGGAGGCCAAGGAGCUCCAGGCUGAGGCCAAGCAGGACACGCAGCUGGGGGCCACCAGCAAGUCGCCCACCUCACCGCAAGCAGCCUUCACCCAGCAGGGCAUGGAGGGCAUCAAGGUGUUUUUGCACGAACGCGAGCUGUGGCUGAAGUUCCACGAAGUGGGCACGGAGAUGAUCAUAACAAAGGCCGGGAGGCGAAUGUUCCCCAGUUACAAAGUGAAGGUCACUGGACUCAAUCCAAAAACCAAGUACAUCCUGUUGAUGGAUAUUGUACCGGCGGAUGACCACAGAUACAAAUUCGCGGAUAAUAAAUGGUCGGUGACAGGCAAGGCAGAGCCGGCCAUGCCCGGCAGGCUGUACGUGCACCCCGAUUCCCCGGCUACCGGUGCCCACUGGAUGAGGCAGCUGGUUUCCUUCCAGAAGCUCAAACUCACCAACAACCACCUGGAUCCCUUCGGACAUAUCAUCCUGAACUCCAUGCACAAGUACCAGCCCCGGCUUCACAUCGUGAAAGCGGACGAGAACAACGGCUUCGGUUCCAAGAACACCGCCUUCUGCACCCACGUCUUCCCGGAGACCGCCUUCAUCGCAGUCACCUCCUACCAAAACCACAAGAUCACCCAGCUGAAGAUUGAGAACAACCCCUUUGCCAAAGGCUUCCGUGGCAGUGAUGACAUGGAGCUCCACAGGAUGUCCAGGAUGCAGAGUAAAGAGUACCCAGUUGUUCCCAGGAGCACAGUGAGACAAAAAGUGUCCUCCAACCACAGCCCCUUCAGCGGCGAGACCAGGGUCCUUUCAGCCUCCUCCAACCUGGGCUCCCAGUACCAGUGUGAGAACGGGGUGUCCAGCACCUCCCAGGACCUGCUGCCUCCUGCCAACCCCUACCCCAUCUCCCAGGAGCACAGCCAGAUCUACCACUGCACCAAGAGAAAAGAUGAGGAAUGUUCCACCACCGAGCAUCCCUACAAGAAGCCCUACAUGGAAACCUCUCCAGCAGACGAGGACCCUUUCUACAGGUCCAGUUACCCUCAGCAGCAGGGACUGAACGCGUCGUACAGGACUGAGUCGGCGCAGCGCCAGGCCUGCAUGUACGCCAGCUCGGCGCCGCCCACGGAGCCCGUGCCCAGCCUGGAGGACAUCAGCUGUAACACGUGGCCCAGCGUGCCCUCGUACAGCAGUUGCACAGUGUCUGCCAUGCAGCCCAUGGACAGGUUACCCUACCAGCAUUUCUCUGCCCACUUCACCUCGGGGCCGCUCAUGCCUCGCCUGGGCAGCGUGGCCAACCACACGUCGCCCCAAAUCGCAGACACCCACAGCAUGUUCCAGCACCAAAGCUCCCACCAGCCCAUCGUGAGGCAGUGUGGACCUCAAACGGGCAUCCAGUCCCCUCCCAGCAGCCUCCAGCCCGCGGAAUUCCUGUAUUCCCACGGCGUGCCUCGAACCCUGUCGCCCCACCAGUACCACUCUGUGCACGGCGUGGGGAUGGUGCCAGAGUGGAGCGAGAACAGCUAA